AUGUUUUUGUCUAGACGUUGGGAGUCGGAGGAGGAUGGUUUUAAGCUUGCAUUUAUGCAUUUGUUGCAAAAAAUUUUGCUGGCUUCACCAAAUACUACUCGUAUUUCUUUGAAGGAUUUUGACGUAGUUGAUUCUGACGACAUCAAUGACUAUCCGUGGGGUAUUGACGUCUUCAAGUAUACCUUUGAUUGUUUUACAACAAAGUCCGUUCUUAGUCCGGGCAGUUUCAAGCAAGAUAUAAAUAGGUACGACUAUCGCCUGCAAGGUUUUCCCUAUGUACUCCAAUGUUGGUUUUACGAGUGCUGCUCAAAAGCGAAAAAUACCUUUGCUCAGUUGGUGAAUGAAACUGCUAUUCCCCGUAUUUUACGUUGGCAAGCUUUCAUUGUUGCAAAAUACUAUGCAGUUGACAGAGAAUUAUUUGCUGAAGUGUCAUCUGAUGAGGUAAGUUUCCGAUCUAUUGUUCCAACACCGGCUGAAAGGAACGCGCUUAAUUUAGGUGACUUUUUCAGAAAAAAUAAAGGUAAAGGUAAGGCUGGAUUGGAUGUUAGUGAAGAAGUUGGAAAUCAGGAUGGCUAUUUUCCGGCAAUUGAUUUAUCGAAAGAAUCUGAAGAAACAUCAAACACUUUGAACUUAAGUGUUAUGGAAGAGAAGUUAGAAUUUCUUAUGGCUGGUCAGAAGACAAUGCAGGCUGAUAUUUUGGAAUUUAAGCAUCUGUUCACUUCGAAAUUUUCCGAAGUCUUGAAGGUUGUGAAUUCGUUGAAUUCAAAUAUUAAGCGUACAGGUGACUCAAAAAAGGUUCAUUCACAGUUAGGUGCCUCAUCUUCGCCUAUUGGCAAUAAAAAUGAUGACGAUAAGUCGUACUCUGGUGGAAAACCUGCUGAACAUGAACAUCAUGUUGAUUCAGAAUAUACUGCUUCUGCUGAAUUAGAACCAGUUUUAAAGGUUAGAAGAUCACAAAAAGCAGCAUCUAGCGCGCACACAUCAAGUGUUGUGAAGGAAGAAAAUGUUGAUCUUCCUGCUGAGGAGAGUUCAAAGAAGGGUAGUUUUAAUGGUAGUUUUAUGGGAUCCGGAAUAGGAGUUGAAGAUUCUGUUGAUUGUCAAAAGGUAACUCCUGAUAAAGAUAUUGCGGAUAAGUCUGCUUCGAAGCACGAAAGUGAUGAGGGUGGGUCUUCUGAUGAAGAACAAGGUGAUGAAAAACUGGAAGAUAUGGAUAAAGAAAUGGAAGAUGUGGUUGGGGAGAAAAUGAAUGUUAUGGAAUCUGAACAUGUUCAUAAUUUGGUUGAGGAGAAAAUUGAUGUUAUUGAAUCUGGCUUUGAUAAGGAACUUCCAAAAGUUAGUAAUAUGGAAGCUGCCGGUUGCUCCAAGGAUAUGGGAAUUAGUGGUGGAAAUUUUGUUGUCCCGUCGGUUGUUGAGGUUCCGCGCCAACCUCAGUUUUCGCCAGUAUCUCCUACGUUUGAUUUAUCAGAAGAGUGCAUUGAAGAGGCUAUGCAAAAUGCAAUGGAAACCAUUGCUAAAAUGAAAUCUCAGAAGGAUGAUUAUGUUGAAGCAAACUUUGGUAUUGAAUCUGAUCUUGUCACUCCAGUUCCUUCUAAGAGGAUUGGAAAACCUAGUUUUUUACUCAAGUCCCCUUUUUUGAAUGAUUUUGGAUCUUCUUCAGGCUUAAUUGUGCCGAAGCAAAGUAUUGGCAGUGUUUGUUUAUGUCCAUUUGAUGAAAAAAGCAUAUGUUUUAGCGAUGUCAAAAAACAAGAGCAAGUUCGGCUAUGGCUUGAUGAAGGACGCAUGAAACCUUUGAAGAAGAAAAUAUAUGAUGUGAAGAAUGACAUCUUGCGUCCUCGCCUUCAUUUUGGCGUAGUUGAUAUUGAAUCCAAAACAUGGUUUUAUAACCUGUUUCAGGAUAUCCUAUUUCCUGUUCUCAUGUUGAUGUUCUGUUUUACUAUCUGA